AUGUCACUCUCAGCACCACCAGCCAACAUGGCAACGCCUGUGGCAGCACCAACAGCUCCACCACCUCCACCUUCUGUCCCAUCAGGAAUGAGUGGUUCUACAAUGGCAUCGACAGAGACCACAUCACCCCCUUUACAAGUUGUCAAUAGCAGCAGCAGCAACAACAACAACACUGAUACCCCCAACCGUGCUUCACCUGGGCACUCUCAUGAUACCCUUCUUUGCCACUGGGGAGACUGUCAACAGCAGUUUGAGAACCAUGUAACUCUUGCAGCUCAUUUAUCCGAAGAUCACGUUGGAUGGAAACGACCUGAAUAUGUUUGUGAUUGGAUCAAUUGUGCUCGACGGGGUGUCAAGUGCCAUUCUCGAUUUGCUCUGAUGAUGCAUUUACGUAUCCAUACUGGAGAAAAGCCGUUUGUAUGUAAACAUCCUGGUUGUGAUCAAGCAUUUGGACGUCAAGAUGCAUUGAUGCGACAUAAAAAGGCUGAGCAUGAACCACAAGACCCCAAACCAGUGAGGAAGCACCAGCAGCAACCUGAUAUCAAAACAUCUCCCAACAAACGACGUCGAAUGGCUGCACCCAUUACCCACCAUCACCACCACCAACAUCAUCAGCAUCAACAAAAUUACUCUCAUCAACAACAUCAUCACCAUCAUCCAAUGCCCACUGUGUAUCAAUCACACCAUUAUCGUCGAGGAUCCAUAUCAGACGACGAAGACUCAUCAUUGACACAAGCCCAAAAAUACAAACUUGCAAAAGCCAAGCUACGUUACAUUUUACGAGAAAACGAGAUCCUCAACGACGAAUGGAUGUCGAUACAAAAGAAGCUCAGACAUUUGCAAACUGAGCGCAGAGUUCUAUUGGAGGUACUAAUGGGUAACAAUGCUGGUACGGGUUCUACUACCACUACGACGGCGGCGACGACAACGGCUGCGGGUGGCAACAAUCACCAUGACCCAAUGGAUCUAUCAGAUGACGACGAUGAUGGCGAGGAUAUUGAUAGUCAGGAUAGCAUGUUGGAAGAUGAUGAGGAAAACCAUUGA